GCUGCGCACAACGCGCCUGCGCAGACCCUGAAAAGCAGACGGGGUGGCUUCUGUGCUUUCCUUUUCCGGUUGCGGCGCCGCGCGGUGAGGAGCUGUGGAGUAAGCCCGUAGCUAUGCCUUCCAAGGGCCCUCUGCAGUCGGUGCAGGUCUUCGGACGCAAGAAGACGGCCACGGCCGUGGCUCACUGCAAACGAGGUAACGGCCUCAUCAAGGUGAACGGGCGACCCCUGGAGAUGAUAGAACCGCGCACACUGCAGUACAAGCUUCUGGAACCUGUUCUGCUUCUGGGUAAGGAGCGAUUUGCUGGUGUGGACAUCCGGGUCCGAGUGAAGGGUGGUGGUCACGUGGCCCAGAUUUACGGUGAGUCCCAGAAAUGGGGCACGUGGGUGGAAGGUGGCGCUGAGAGCAAAGCCCUACCCUUGGGUGUUCACAAAGCUGAUGUACCCUUUUUGUGUGUGUCUUCCUCACAGCAAUACGCCAGUCCAUCUCCAAAGCCUUGGUGGCCUAUUAUCAGAAAUAUGUGGAUGAGGCUUCCAAGAAGGAGAUCAAAGACAUCCUCAUCCAGUAUGACCGGACCCUACUGGUAGCCGAUCCCCGUCGCUGCGAAUCCAAAAAGUUUGGAGGUCCUGGUGCCCGUGCUCGCUACCAGAAAUCCUACCGAUAAGCCCAUCGUGAAGAUCCGGGUUCACCUUUAUAAUAAAGAUGGUUGUGUGAUUAAAGGUU